CCCAUUUCCCGGUUUUUAUUGUUCCUCUCGUGGGUGCGGGAGUUUUCACCCCGUAAAAAACCCUAGCGAGGCACUCUUCUUUCCCCUCUCCGGAAUCUCCCCCUUCUUCGAGCCUCCCUUCCGUCCGUUCUCUCUCACCCUCUGCGAACAAGAGCUAGAGGAACCUGUGCGAGCAAGAGCAAACCCUAGCGAGCAAGAGCACCAACUUCUCAAUCACAGCAGUGAGAGAUUGAGAGAAAAAAAGCUAAGCAAGGGCAAAGUCUGCAAAAAGAGCAAUUACAGAGAGUAAAGAAAGUGUAAUCCAAUAGAAUGGGUAAAAAUUUAUUUGAUGAUUCUGAUGGGGAUGAUAUCGAGGACAUAUCCAAAAUAGAAGUGAAUGAAGAGUUUGCUCGGAGAUUUACUCAUAAUAAGAGACGCGAGGAUUUGCAAAGGUUAGAGGAGUUGAAGAAGAAAGGGUUCGUUGGUGAUUCAGAAGAAAGCUCAUCAGAAGAUGAAGAUGAAGAUGAAGACGGGAUUGUUCCCAUUGAGAAAGAUGCUGAGAUUUAUGAAGCCUUGGUUCGAGUUAAAAAUAAUGACCCGUUGAUAUAUCAGAAGGAUGUUAAAUUCUUCAAUUCAGACGAGGAUAGUGAUGUAGAUGGCCAAAAAAGAAGAUCACCAAAAAAGAAGGCAUUGUAUCUAAAAGAUGUUGUGGCCCGGCAAUUACUUGAAAACGGGCCUGAAUUUGAUCAGGAAAAGCCUGCAAGAUUGGCCCCAAAAAGCUAUGUUGAAGAGCAAGAAGAGCUCAGAAAGGAAUUUCUUCAUGCUGCAAAGGGGGUUUCAGAUGAUGAAGAUGAAGAUGUGGGUUUUUUCAAGGAGAAGAAGAGGAGUAAGGAAGACACUCAACAAGAAGAGUUAGAGCAAGAGGAAGCCAAAAUUGCUAGAAAAUUAGAUGAGUAUUUUGGAGAAGAUGAUGAUUUGGAUGAGAAUGAGAUGUUUUUGAAGAAUUAUCUUUUGAACAAUGGCUGGGUUGAUAAGAACAAGGAGAACAAAUCUUCCCAUGAAGAACUUUUUGGGAUCUCUGAAGAUGAAGAGGAAUUGGAUGAACAAGACAGGUAUGAAUCAGAGUACAAUUUUAGGUUUGAGGAAGGUGCAGGAGAUCAAGUAUUGGGUCAUGGCCGUUAUUUUGAAGGCUCAGUGAGGAAGAAAUCAAAUGCUAGAAAGUUGCAAAGAAAGAGCAAAGAGGAGAGAAUGGCUUUAGCGGAGUUUGAGAGGAAAGAGGAGCUGAAGCAUUUGAAGAAUGUGAAGAAGAAAGAGAUAAUGGAUAGGCUAACAAGGAUACGAGACAUUGCCGGCAUAAAAGAGGAUGGGAAAUACUCGUUUAAUGAGAGGUAUCUCGAGGGUGAGUUUGAUCCUGAAGAGCAUGAGAAACAAAUGAAGCACAUUUUCAAUGAAGACUAUUAUGAGGAAGAGGAUGCUGAUCCUGAUUUCCAAAGUGACGAUGACGUUGACAUAGAAAAGCCAGAUUUCUACAAAGAAGAUGAAUUGCUUGGCCUUCCAAAGGAUUGGGAUUCAUUGCAACCUGGAGAAGGGUUCUUGGCAACUAGAGGGAGAAUCCUAAACAUGAAGAAAAAUGGUGUUCAUGAAGAUGUAGAAGGCACUGCUGGAGAAUUGAGUGACAUUGAUGAGGAUGUUGAAGAGGGUAGUGGUAAAAAACGAAAAAAGAAGAAAGCCAAACUAUCAGAGAAAGUUUCCAUAGAUAAGGACUUGGAGGAGUACUUUAAGCUGGAUUAUGAAGAUACAAUAGGAGAUCUAAAGACACGGUUCAAGUAUAGAUCAGUUCCUGCUAAUAACUAUGGUCUGAAGGCUGGAGAGGUUCUAAUGACUGAUGACAAAGAAUUGAAUCAGUAUGUCUCUUUAAAGAAGCUUGCACCUUAUAGGACAGAAGAAUGGAAGGUUUCCAAGCGUAAGAGGUUAAGUCAAAAAAUGAGAAUAAAAAUGGUUCUCAGAGGUGAGAACUUGGAUGCUCCAAAGUCCCAGAAGAAGCAUAAAUCAAAGGAGCACGGGGAGAAGGGAGCUCCAUCUGGUGUAAAUGCGGAAUCUGGUGGAGAUGGUUCUAUGUCUAAGCGAAGCAGGAAACGAAGGAAACAUGCCGAACUUAAAGUUCCCCAUUCAAGGUUCCAGCUGUAUGCCAAGACCAACCCAAAAACUAAAAAGCCAAGAAAUCAAUGAUACCAAAACCAGUGUGUAAUUGACUUACUGUUAAUUCUUUGAAGUGGUAUCUUUUGCUGAUUUUAUUUCAUUGUCCUUUAACUUGGCAAUUGUCAUUUUCUUAUGGUUCCUGUUAUUCAUGCCUAUAGAUCCUAAGAAAUUCUCUUAGUAGCUGGCGAAGAUUGAAAUAAGAAAUUCAUGUCUUCAGGGCCAUGGGUUGUGUUGUAAAAUUGCUUUUAUUUGGGUUAGCUAACAAUAUCUCAUUAAUGGAAAAAUUGAUUUGCACGUGA